GGCGACGACGACGACGACGACGGGCGCCCGGAGCGGGGCGUGGGCCGCGCCGACCUGGUCAUGAGCUUCGUCAACAUGGUGGAGCGUGACCAUGCCCUAGGCCACCACGAGCCCCACUGGAAGGAGUUCCGGUUUGACCUGACCCCGAUCCCAGCAGGGGAGGCAGUCACAGCUGCUGAGUUCCGGAUUUAUAAGCUGCCGAGCCCCCACCACGUCAACCAGACCCUCCACGUCAGCAUGUUUGAGGUGGUCCCGGAGCAGUCCAACAGGGAGUCUGACUUGUUCUUUUUGGAUCUUCAGACGCUCCGAGCUGGGGACGAGGGCUGGUUGGUGUUGGACGUCACAGCAGCCAGUGACCGCUGGUUGUUGACCCGUAACAAGGACCUGGGACUCCGCCUCUAUGUGGAAACAGAGGAUGGACACAGCGUGGACCCUGGCCUGGCUGGUCUGCUGGGGCGCCAGGCACCUGGUCCAAAACAGCCCUUUGUGGUCACUUUCUUCCGACCCAUUUCCUCUUCUGCACACAGCAGUACUGUCUCAGAAGUUGUCACGAGGGUGCAUCUGAUGAAGCCCGAUGCCGUCCCCAAGGCCUGCUGCGCUCCCACCAAGCUGAGCGCCACCUCAGUGCUCUACUACGACAGCAGCAACAAUGUCAUCCUGCGCAAGCACCGCAACAUGGUGGUCAAGGCCUGCGGCUGCCACUGAGCCCACCCACCGCCCCACUGAGCCAAGGCCAUGGGAGGCUGUACAGGCAGGAAAUCCAUAAGUGUGGCCGUGGUUCCGGCAGGGUGGAAAGGAAGCCCUUUAGGGGUCAACAUGUCCAUGCCCCUGCCGCCUUCAUGCCAGAUUCUGUCUGCUCCAGGACUAACAAAUCCCCACCCCACCCCAGCCCAGGGCUGUGAGGCACUGUUCUGCUUCCAGCCCUGGGGCUCCUAGUCAUCAGGCAGGGUUCCAUCUUAUCCUGCAGUCCCAGGAGCACAUGCUGACUGGGCUCUCCAGGGCUGGUACAAAAGCCCUGUCUGAGGGCCUACCAGACUUCUCACUGUGGGAUGACCUGGAAGGCACCUGGGACCCAAGAUUGGCCUAUCCAGGUCCUACUCCAUUCUUCACAGGGUUCAGGUAGAACCCCACAGCCUGUCCUUCCCAGCUUCAACACUGGGCAUCUCUAGAGAAUAAAGAACAUGGACUUGC